UUUCAAACCCUAAACGGGAUUACCUAAUUUAUAAUCGGGGAAAACCCUUCUCAUGAAGCUUUGUGUUCGACAGAGGGCACUCUUGUUUCCACAGAUUUCAAAAUAGCCUACUGCAAACAGACCGCGUCUCCUGAGAUUCUCUGCUACAAACGCACAUCAAUGGCGUCUUUCCAUCGAACAGCUGAUUUUGAUAAACGCACCAACCAAUGGAGUUUUCUCUUAUUACUUUGAAGAUAGAGACCAACAUGUUGUCCAUUCGUAGCGAGGCUGAUGUCUGGCUGGAACGACUAAAGGACGUUUGAUAGUCUGAGGAAAAAGAGGCUCAUGUUAUUACUCCUAAAAACUGACAAACCAUAGUCUGAAUCCAAGGUUGCCCGUGCCAGAUGUGAUGACGUCCACCCCAUCAGCACGGUACCACCCCACAUGGGACCUGUCCCUGGACCCGCUGAUGUCCUGCAAGCUGUGCCUGGGGGAGUUCCCCCUGGAGCAGAUGACCACCAUCAGCCAAUGCCAGUGUGUCUUCUGCAGCCUGUGCCUGAAGCAGUAUGUAGAACUUUUGAUCAAAGAGGGCCUUGAAACUGCUAUUAGCUGUCCAGACUCUGCAUGCCCGAAACAAGGUCACCUGCUGGAGAACGAGAUUGAAUGCAUGGUGUCAGUGGAGACGAUGCAGAGGUACAGGAGGCAGCAGUUUGAGAGAGAGGUGCUGCUCGACCCAUGCCGGACCUGGUGCCCGUCUUCGUCCUGCCAGGCCGUGUGCCAGCUGAAGGAGGCGGAGGUGGCUCUGCCACAGCUUGUUCAGUGCUCUGUGUGCCGGCUGGAGUUCUGCUCGGCCUGCCGGUCCGGUUGGCAUAAAGGACAGGCCUGCCAGGACAACAUGCCCAUUAUCACCUUCCUCCCUGGGGAGACCAGUUCCUUCUACAAGAACGAUGAGGAAGACGACGAUGCGCCCAUCAAGCGCUGUCCGAAGUGUAAGGUGUACAUUGAGCGGGACGAAGGCUGUGCCCAGAUGAUGUGUAAGAACUGCAAACACGCCUUCUGCUGGUACUGCCUGGAGUCUCUGGACGAUGACUUUCUUCUGAUCCACUAUGACAAAGGACCGUGCAGAAACAAACUGGGGCACUCCAGAGCUUCUGUCAUCUGGCACCGGACACAGGUGGUGGGGAUCUUCGCUGGCUUCGGCCUGCUCCUGCUGGUGGCCUCUCCCUUCCUGCUCCUGGCCACGCCUUUUGUCCUGUGCUGCAAAUGUAAAUGUAGCAAAGGGGAAGAUGAUGACCCCCUGCCCACCUAACCAGCGCCGGCAUGGGCACAGAUUUACGCCAGCGCCCCUAACAGACAGGGGCACCGGGCCUGUUGGUUGGUGGUUGGUCGGUCAUCCACUCAUGAUGCAUUUGUCCCACCCACUCGUCCAUGGGGCCGUCUGAUUGGCCAUCAGGGCGGAGCAGUACAGGCGGAUGAGGAGCACUGACUUUAGGCCCGGCCGGCACGUUUUGGUCUGAAGGGCUCAAACUCUCUGGGACUGUUUUGGUGAGAUGAGACCGGACGUGGCGCCAGUUGCGUUGGGCCGGGUUUGGGUCGCAGGAAGGGGGAGUUGUUUUGGGUCAGUGGUUUUCUCUCUGUCUGGUUUAAGGUUAGGGGUAUUUUGUCUUGUACUGCUGUCUGGGCACUUGUCUGGGGGGACUACUGAUAUGAUUUGGUGGAUGCAGACUUGGCUGUUAGCCGUCAUUUAGGGAAAUGGCUCCUCCAGGUCUAGUUUGGUUGGUGGUUAUUGAAGCACCACCCCUUUUCCCUUCCCUCAAGCUUCAGGUUCCUCUACAAGUCUGGGUUUCAAAUAAUUAACAAAGGGUUAUAAUACUUAAAACGUUUAAGUUGGCCUGUUUAACAUUUUAGGACUGUUGUAUGGGUUAAUUAAGUUUAAUGUCAAAAUGGCAGUGUUAUACUAUUUUAAACAUAUCUUUCUAGUAUUCGAAAACACAAAACAAAUAUAAAGGAAUUUGACAGAGAGUUUGUCACAUGUUGUUCAGCGUAUUUUACAGGUAGCAUGUCUACAAUAUUGUUGAAUAUACUCUGUCAACCCUAACCCGAUUAAUAAUUUACAGCUUAUUCUCCAGAGGAAAUUUUCUGAUUUUGCAAACCCUCUUCAUUUUCAUUUGAAUCUUAAACUGGAUGAAUUUUAUUUUUACCGCAAGAGAUCUCCCUAUUUCUAUGAACACAGUUCAAUAAAUGGCAUUCAGAAAGCCUAGAUGUAGCAAGCAGGUUUGGGGUCAAUUUCACUUGAAUUCAAUGAAUUCAACAAGUAAAUUUGAAAUUCCUAAUUUCUCAUUCCUCAUGAUUCUUUAUAAAAAAAAUUAAAAAAAAUAAAACAUCUGGAUUUCAAUUUAUAUCCUGGAUUCACAGAAUUAAAAAAGAUUUGGCCCCGUAGCAAGAUUUAAUCUUUGACAAAAAACAUUCAACCUUUUAACCCCAAAUAAAUUAACUUCAACCUAUGCCAAUUAUCUUUAUUAUCGGUGAAAAACUUUAGCCCUUUAUUAGCUCAACUCUUAUUUAACUUGAGUUGCUGUUGCCAAGUUGCCGUACAAUGCCUUUUAACCCUUCCCUUAUGUGCUGGGUCAAGUUCACCUGGGAACUGAAUUUGAAAUUGAAUAGAUAAAUGCUAGUUUAAGUGAUUGGUUUUGUCGUGACGGUUCAACUAGUCUCCAAGGUACACGUCUUCCUAUUUUACGCCCAAUUUGACCUUUUGAUAUUCGUCUGUGUAUCAUUUUGUCUCACAGAAAUGGCUUUCUACACAUUAAUGGUUCAAACAGCCUGAUCUCACAAGAUGUCUAAUUUCCCUAUAGUGCUUAGAGGCCAAUUUGGCCUUUUACCUUUGAACCCUAAAUCUCGAAUGGUCUGACUCAAACUACUUCCUGGAAUGAGAUGGUGAGACCACUGUGAUAACCAGGAUGUUUUACCAUGACACUCGGCCUGAGCAAGGUUGACAUGUUAUAAUCACUGACAAUGUGAUGGAAUUAUGACCAUUGACAUGCAGAGUUCAGUUUAUCAAGCCGGAGAAAAGAGCUUCUGAAAUGUUGCUCCGCUACAUAUCAAUAAGGGAGACUGUAUUUCCUGUUUACUGACCUGGGUGAAAUUGACCCAGAGUAUAAACAGUAUAUAACCAAAUUCAACAUAAGGGAAGGGGGGGGUACAUUUACUUCAAAAUAUGAGGGUGAUUUUCUUUUUUUUCUUCUCAUUUUUACAAAAAUGUUCUUCUUGGUUUUGUACACUUCCAAAUGCAUUGUUAUAACUGCUGUUGUUGUAUUGCUUCCACCUUGUUAUUCAAGUUUGUAUUCUGUGUCUGUAAACACCUGUGAUUUUUAGGAAGUUAUAACCUUUUACCUGGGCUCAGUUGCUGCAACACAGGUGGAAAGUUGGUGGAAGAGGUUAAUGCUCUUGUAUUUUCACCAUAUCAUUUUUAUUUGGAAAUGUACUGCUUUAAUUUUUCGGUAAAUUUCAUGGUAAUGUUUCAAACUCCAAAUAUGGGCCCAACACUUCCUGGCCCAGUUUUAAAGCAGCAAUUGGGUCAGUACAGCUUUGCUGAAUUAUCAGAGCAGUGAGUAGGUGUGUGUUUGUGUAUGUGGGGAAUAGGCUAAUAGGCUUAUCAAAUAGUUGGACACAUUUUUUAGAGCCAAACUGAUCCCUUGAUCAGACCUACCUGUACUGGCAUUUUGUAUUAAGGGGUUUUUGUGUUUAAAAAAAAUAUAUUAUAUUGCACUCGUAAAGUGUUCAGUUUAAAACGGAUUCCCUAGCAACAACUGUUACUGUAGCAUUUAUGUACAUUAGUUCUCUGUUUAGUUCCCAUCUAGAGGUUUACAUCUUGCCCAUUGGUUUGAAAUGCCGCCUAUAUUGUGAAUAAAAGCAAAGUGAGUUAAAUGUGACAAGCCGUUGAUGGGUCAGAUGCACUGACAGAAGGACCUUUCUAGAAAAUGUGUCCAUUGACAGAUAAUUGCUCUUUUGACCAAUUUCAUCAGCCCUUA